AUGGAAGAGCGUGGAGCGCCGCGGAUUGUCGCGCCUAAAGCGACGCGCGAGCACACACCGCUGCCCGAGAUCCGGGCUACCGAUGCAGAGGGUCACGCAAGAGAGCCCGCGACAGGUCAUAGCCUGCCCGUGCGCGACGUGCCGAGCGAGAAGAGCCGCAAGUCGCCCUUGGCGCGCGUCGGACGGCAAGGCAAAAAGAUGCUGCGCAAGGUGACGCACGUUCCUCGCCUCUCGCUGCUGGACAGGACGAAUACGAGCUCGGCGCAGGAUCCGUUCCGUGGCUUCUAUAUAUUGUUCUGGAUCUUUACGGCGCUGCUGGUGCUGAAUGCGUUCAUGGCCUCGUUUCAGUCGACGGGGCAGGUGCUCAGCAUGACAUUUGCGACACUCAUGAGCCGCGACGCUGGUAUCCUGGCGGUGAGCGACGGCGUGCUCGUCCUUUCUACGUUCCUGAGCGUCGCUUUUAUCAAGGUGCUCCACCGCUUCCGCCUGCCGUACGCGGGCGGAAUCUAUGCGCUGCAGCUCCUGUGGUACGUCGGACUGCUCUAUGGCGUAAUUGAGUGGAUCCAAGUGCGCGAAUGGCCCUGGGUCCAGUCUGGCUUCUUUGUGCUGCACUCGCUCGUGAUGAUCAUGAAGGUGCACAGCUACUUGUCGGUGAACGGCAUCAUGUCGGACACUUUUAUCAAGAUGACGCGCCUUGAAAAAGAGCUCGACAAGAAGCUUACAGAGCUGUACCAAUGCGACAUCGACCAGGCCUGGAAACGGGCCGUGGCUGCGACCGGGGUGCGGCCCACGGCCACGUUGGCCGCCGUGCUCGACGACAAUACGCCGACCGAGGACCCAUUCGGGGUGUGGGCCUCGCGCACAAUGCAGGCGAGCAGCUCCAUGGUGCGUGCCCAGGCCGUGCUGCCGAAACUGCACUCCUACCUACCCCGCGCAAUGUCGCCCAUGCCGGAGCACCGCCGGCUGGUCGGCGCGCUGGACUCGGACACGCUGUCGGACCACCCCAAGAAGGAGGAGGUGAAGCUGGAGGACUGCGACUUGCGCGAUCCCCAUCCGUUUGCGUGGCACCCAGACGCGACGGUGCGCGAUCUGGCGAUGCAGAUUGGGCACCAGCGCGAGAAACUCUACGCCGAGCCCGACGGGAUCCAGGACCUCGGCCCAAUGUGGCCGGCCAACGUGACGGUGGCCAAUUUUUGGGACUUUCAGCUGGUGCCGACGCUCGUGUACCAGCUGCAGUACCCCCGCACCGAGCGCGUGCGGCCGCUGUACGUGCUGGAGCGCAUCCUCGCGACCUUUGGCACGUUCCUCGUCGUGUACGUGAUCAUGGUCAACUGGAUCAUGCCCGUCACGCUCACGCCCGUCACGAACCUGCUCGAGGUGUUUGUGCGUCUCGCGAUGCCCAUGAUGCUAUGCUACCUGCUUAUCUUUUACCUGAUGUUUGAGUGUGUGUGCAACGGCUUUGCGGAGCUCACGCGCUUUGCCGACCGCGAAUUCUACCAGGACUGGUGGAACUCGGCGUCGAUGGACGAGUUUGCGCGCAAGUGGAAUCGCCCCGUUCAUCACUUCCUCCUGCAGCAUGUCUAUGUGUCGAUGAUCUUCAACUGGGGCCUCUCGAAGCACACGGCAUCGCUCGUGACCUUUUUCCUGAGCUCGGUGCUGCACGAACUCGUGAUGAUCAUUGUCAGCGGAAAACUACGUGGCUAUCUGUUCUUUGCUCAGAUGUCACAAUACCCCUUGAUCCUCCUUGCUCAGACCCCACUGAUCAAAAACAAUCGCUCGCUGGGCAACCUGAUUUUCUGGGUGGGCCUCAUGAUCGGCUUUCCCCUGCUCAACAUCGCCUACCUCGUCUACUAG